AGCACUUAUUAUAUGGUUAAACGGACAAGUUGGAGAUAUAUGAAAAAAUAUCCCGUUUUGUAACACUUGGAUCCAAAUAGGACUAGUAGGGUCUGAUCAUAUAGCAUGCAUCUUAAGUGGUAUUUUUACCACCUAGCCUUUAAUGUAGGUAUAAAAUAAAAAUCCACAAUUUAUUCGACAGAUAUUCCCUUUCACCAAAAUUAGGAUUUCAUUCCCCCUGGUAAGUAUUCUUUCUCCAACCAAACAGGCCAGAUGGUAGGGCUGUUAAUAUGAGAAGUGGUUAAUAAGCCUUUCAAUUCCAACCCCCCAUCCCCAAUAUAUCUAUAUAUAUACAAACCUUAACUUUAAUUUAUUGUGUGCAAAAUAGGAAAGAGCUAGACAAAGUGAAGAUAAUGAAGACUGAAAAGAAAAUGAAAAGGAGAAUGGGUGGCCCCUCUCCUUCUCACCCUCCUCCAUAUCCAUCAUCAGCAACCUUACUGAAAACCCUAAUCCUAGCAGGACUCUACUCCCACCUCUACCGCACUGCCGGAUCUCUUCACAGAGCAAAGUCCAUUCUCAGACACCGCAUCCUCAAACAUCUCGCCGCCGCGCAGCAACGGAUGGCCAUCCUCAUUGUCAAGAAGAGUAAUGAUAAUAGCAUGAAGGCGGCCUUCAACAACGACCAGCUCCGCAAGAAGGCGUUGAAGCUCAGCUCCUUUAUUAGGCCACUCUACAGCUGGUGCUCCUCCUCUGAUCACGUUCCCGCUCCUCCUCCGAUGCCAUCGUCCGUCCGUGUUAGCCGUUGUUCUAAUGAUGAUGAGUCUCCGGCCGGGCUGUCGGGAUACCUUGACUGGCUUGAUGGGGAGGAAGAGGAGGAGGUGGGCGGUGAUGAUGACAUUGAUCGGAUAGCAGAGGCUUUCAUUGCUGAUUGCUAUGAGAGGUUCAAGUUGGAGAAAGUUGAAUCUCAUAGGAAAUAUCAAGAGACGUUAGCUAGAAGUACGUUUGGAGAAAAAUACAGUUAGAAGUACAUGUUCAAAAUAAACAUAAGGUAGCCCGGUGUACAGUUAGGAGUGUUGAAAUUUUAAAACAAUCGUC